AAGAAAAUCCCACCCUAAAAGAGAACGGAGCAGUCUUUCCCUCACUCCCUCUUCCGUCGGCCCCCCCACACUUAAACACCGCACUCGCCGCCGUCCACCGAGCCGAACCUACUCACCUGAGCUGAGCGGACCCUCCUGAAGUUGCCCCGCGACGUUUCUUCAAACCCAUUAACCACUUCUUCUUCUUCUUCUUCUUCUUCUUCUUCUUCUUCUUUUUCUGCUUGGUAGCCAUGGUAUUUGUAUGUUACCUUUUCCUAUUCCAAACUUGAACAUAUUCAUAUACAGGACCUGGCUUCUUUUGCGCAGAAAUGCGUCUUCUUUAUAAUUCACUUCACAAGCUCUCCUUAAAACCCACAAGCAGUGUUUUAAUGGGGUCAAAGCAAUUCCUCAAGUCUACUUUUUUCUCAAACCCAUUAACCCCUGCUUCACAUAGACGCCUCUCCAACACUCGUAAACUCCCUUUCUCCGCUUUCCCUUCAAAACCCACCUCCAGAACUCAGCCCUGUUGCCUUAUCAAGACUAAUGGCUACUCCAGUGUCUCUGAAGCCAGUGACCCCAGAGCAGUCGUUUUGGAGGAUCCAGAAGAGAAGAAUGCUUCCCAGUUCAGGAUUUUGAAGCAGAAACUGGAGGACCUUGGUCUGGAGUGUGACAUAUCUGUGCCGGGUCAAUUUAACCACUUGAUUUGUCCAAUGUGCAAUGGUGGUGAUCAAGAGGAAAGGAGCUUAUCUCUUUUUAUUGAACAAGAUGGGAGUUCGGCUUUGUGGGUGUGUUUUCGUGCAAAAUGUGGGUGGAGAGGCAGCACGAGAGCUUUUGCGGAGAGUAAGCCAGCUUAUGAAAGACCAAACAAAAUAGCCAGAAUAAAGAAAAUACGAGAGAUAACAAUCGAGGAUCUGGGACUGGAACCACCUUGUGAUGAGAUAGUUGCUUACUUUUCAGAGAGAAUGAUAUCAAAGGAAACGAUGCAGAGAAAUGCUGUAAUGCAAAAGCGUUAUGAUGAUCAGUUCGCAAUUGCAUUUACGUACUGGAGAAAUGGAAAUCUUAUUAGUUGCAAGUAUCGGGAUAUCAACAAGAAGUUUUGGCAGGAAGCAGACACUGAGAAGAUCUUUUAUGGGCUGGAUGAUAUAAAGGAAGCUAGUGACAUUAUUAUUGUCGAGGGCGAAAUGGAUAAGCUUGCGAUGGAAGAAGCUGGCUUCCGUAACUGUGUGAGUGUCCCUGAUGGUGCACCUCCGUGUGUUUCCGAAAAGGAUUUGCCACCUAAAGAAACGGACACAAAGUAUCAGUACUUGUGGAACUGCAAAGAGUACUUAAAGAAGGCAUCACGCAUCAUACUAGCAACUGAUGGAGAUGUCCCUGGUCAAGCCUUGGCGGAAGAGCUUGCACGCCGUGUUGGAAGAGAAAGGUGUUGGCGAGUCAAGUGGCCAAAGAAAAAUGAGGUCGAUCAUUUCAAAGACGCGAAUGAGGUUCUCAUGUAUAUGGGUCCUGAUGUACUGAAGGAAGUAAUUGAGAAUGCUGAGUUAUACCCUAUACGGGGAUUGUUCAAUUUUAAAGAUUAUUUCAGUGAAAUAGAUGCAUAUUAUUAUCGGACUUUUGGAGAUGAGUUUGGUGCGUCAACUGGGUGGAGAUCUCUAAAUCACUUGUAUAAUGUCGUGCUAGGUGAAUUAACUGUAGUAACUGGAGUCCCUAAUUCAGGCAAGAGUGAGUGGAUUGAUGCUCUCUUGUGCAAUCUUAACGAAAGUAUGGGUUGGAAAUUUGCUCUUUGCUCGAUGGAAAACAAGGUCAGGGAGCACGCGAGGAAACUAUUGGAGAAACACAUGAAAAAGCCUUUCUUUAAUGUGCGUUAUGGUGAAUCUGCUCAGCGGAUGAGUCCUGAAGAGUUAGAGCAAGGAAAGGAAUGGCUAAAUGAGACCUUUCAUCUUAUUAGGUGUGAGGAUGAUGCACUUCCAAGUAUUAAGUGGGUUCUUGAUCUUGCAAAAGCAGCGGUUUUGAGGCAUGGGGUUCGUGGACUCGUAAUAGACCCUUAUAACGAGCUCGAUCAUCAGCGUCCUUCAAGCCAAACAGAAACAGAGUACGUUAGUCAGAUGCUUACCCAGGUUAAGCGGUUUGCACAACAUCACGCUUGCCAUGUUUGGUUUGUAGCACAUCCUCGACAGUUGCAAAAUUGGGCCGGGGAGCCACCGAAUCUUUACGAUAUAAGUGGAAGUGCACACUUCAUAAACAAAUGUGACAAUGGAAUUGUAGUUCAUCGUAACCGCGAUCCAGAUGCUGGUCCCGUUGAUCAAGUACAAAUUAUUGUCAGAAAGGUACGGAAUAAGGUCGCGGGAACCAUAGGUGAAGCCUACUUGGCGUAUGAUAGGGUGACAGGUCGAUAUAUUGAUAUUCAAUGAGGUUAAGAACAGCCUUGUACAGGGGCAUCUGCCGAUAAUCCACAUCUGGCAAGGUGCCGAUUGCCAUUGCCGUUUUAAGGAACACGGUAUGAGAAGAUCAAAAGGCGAUUUUGUUUUAGGAGGCUGGUAAUGUUCAAAUUUUUUUCCUUUUUCUUUUAUUAGAUUUCUAUAUUUCUGUAUACUUGAUUAUGUCGAUGUCUUGUAUUCAACGUGUAAUGACUUCAUCUCCUAGAUAAUAUAUCCUCUAUUUUCUACUCUCUCUCUCUCGCAACAUAGAUGGCACACCCUGUAUGUAUAUUAUGCAUUAGUCUCUUGUUUUUAGAGAAACAGUUUACUAUCUUCUUUCCCCACUAAUACCAAAUGUGUAGCAUAAGAACGACUUUGAUUGUAGUAUUUGCU